UGACUGCGUGUUUGCUUGAGAUAAACCAGGCGAGGAGGACAAAGGUCAAGUUCAAAGGUCACCCAGAGGUGUGUGUUAGUGGCCAGGAAGCAUGUGAAGCAGCGACUCGGACUCUGAGGACGACGGUUUGUUGAGUGGAUGAUGGUUUUCCUCCGGCGGACGGUGCUGCUUCGCUACCUGCUGCUGUCCACCGCCCUCGCCCUCCUCCUCUUCCUCACCUCCUUCUGGCUCCCUCAGGGUGAACAGAGAGACUGCGGCUCAGUGUGGCAGCCAUGUUUGACGUAUUACAUCCAGACGCCUCUAGCCCCGCCCAUCCUGGAUGAGAGGGCGGAGUCAAACGAAGCCCCGCCCCUCGUCAGAGAAUGUCCUGGUCAGGUGUUUCAGGCCCGGAAGCUGCUGCAGUUCCUCCGGUCCAGCCUGGCUGAGGACGGCGAGGACGUCCUGCUGGAGCCGUACCUGCUCAGCUGGGACCAGCUGCUCAACUUCAUGGAGUCUCUGGGAACGAUGGUCAGUUUCUUUUCUCAGAAAGUGAGAGAAAAGACCGAGCUGAUCCGACAGCUCUCCCUGAGACGCAGCUCAGAGUCCAAAUCAGCAGCUUCCUCUGGACUACAAACCCCAGCAGCAUUCGGAUUAAAAACCGGGGUGUAUCGAUCUGUUCGGUCCAUGGUGGAGGCGGAGCUUCAGGCGGGAACGGUCAGCUUCUCCCGCCGAACAGACUCAGGCUGCCGGACGCUGCUGCGGCUGCAUCGCUCGCUGCUCUGGCUGAAGCUGAUGCUGGAGGGUUUGUCUGAGGGUCCAGACGCUGAGGGACGAUUCAAAACGCCCGGAGAGCUCAGCAGAGACGCCUAUAAGGUGGCGUUGGCCCCCCACCAUCCCUGGAUGCUCCGCCAGGCCGCAGAGAUUGUCUUCCUCGCUCUUCCUGACAGAAAGUACUUCCUGCAGCUGGUGUGUGUGCAGAAACAGGAAGAGGCAACACCCGUGCUGCGCAUCAUCAUCCACGCGCUCUCGGUGGUGCACACACGGACUCAACGCCUCCUGGUGAAGUACAACAUGUUGGAGCUGCCCUGAGCUGGAGACUUCCUGUCGUCACCCAGACAGACAGGAAAACAGCAGCGAGUUCAAAUCACUGACUGAACCCUUUGAGUAGGUGGAUACUGCAAAAAUAUAUCCGUUUUUUAUUAGAGGUUAUUUAUAUUAGUCAUUAAAGGACUAAAACAUCACAAGACAAAACAUUGUCUCAGUCAAUAAUUGAGACCAAACAGGAGGAAAACUCGACUCAUUAAUGGAAACAAGAACAAAAGAAGUUUGUGACACUUUAACAAGUCAAGUCUGUGAUUUUCUAAACCUGUAAAGUUUCAGUUUCAGAACCGAAGCAGCUCUGGUGAAAGUCACUGAGGAUCAUUUCUCUGAUAAUGGACUUGUGUCGGUUCUGGUUGUAACUCAGCGCUCCGGGGAAACAGAAAACAGACGUUUCAAAUUUUCAAAGGUUCAGUUUGUUCCUGUUAAUGAUGCAAAAUCAGAAAAAAAUAAAAUCCUGGUCCUGAUAACCUCUGGUUCCAAAAACCAGACUGCUGAUCCCAAAUGAGCUGCCUUACUGUCCCUGACUGUUUUUAAAAUAAAUCACACAAAGCUGAA